GGCGUACAGGAGGUAACUUCGAACAAUCAACUCAACUGCUAGUUCUGCAAUCGCGAAAAAAGCGACAUAUAUAUGCAUAGUCAUGGAAAUGGAUAAAGAGAACCUUCAAAGUCAGAUUUUGGGAAGAAAAUUGUUGUUGGACAGUUCUAGUGUCACAAGGACUCCUCUUCGUGCAGUCAAUCAACAGACUGCAAAACAUACACCACUUCCUCUUUGUGUUAAAAAAGUGACACAUGCCCAAUGUAAGACUGAAGAAAAUAAGAGGCACUCAUGGGCACCAGAAAGAGGUGCAUCAUUGAAAUCUUCUGGUGCUUUGAUUGGAAAUGCUGAACACAGCACACCUACCAGGACAUCAAAGUAUUCAGACCGUUUGCAGAAGCGGAUCUCCCUUAUGAAAAUUGCCAAGGCGCGACUUGAGAUUGCUAGUCCUGCUGGAUGUCUCAUCCCAGAAUCUCACACCACAGUCUCAAGACGUGGUCCUUGUCAACCUGCUAUCAAGUCUGCAUCAUACCCUUUAGUGGCCUCUGUUUUGAAAAGACAUGAACCAGAGAUUUUAUCUAGGGUAGAAGUUCAUCAGGACUCCCCAAGCCUGCAAGAAGUCACAGUACCUUACCCAGAUCAUGUUCACUCAACUCAAAAUAGUAAAGCUGCAUCAUUUCAGGAUCAGGUUGUGGAAGAACCUGUGCAGUCCUCAGAGCAUCAGCCUUUCUCAGAUGCCUGUUCGGUCCAUGUGGAGCAGAGCACAGAUCAUGCCCUAGAAGUUGUGAGCUCUAUCAUUGAUGAUUUGUUGAGGGCUGUUGAAAGAAAAUCUAAUGUGCCUCUGAUAAAUCCGUCAGGCUCCAAAGAAUCCACCCAUUUUAAUGAGGUUGUUUCCUCUGCAGAUUCUCCUAAUUCAUGCCAUGAUGGUGGUGAAUGGAACAAUAUGGAUUGGCAUUCAAUUAUGCUACAGUUGCCUUCACCUGAUCUCUUGUCACCUUACACCAAUGAAUACUGUAGAUUUCUUGCAUCUUACUCUAGAAACACAAAUGAGAUACAUAAUGAAACACCCAACAAAGAACCUAUUUUGAAUGCAUUUUCUUCUGAAAAAAAGCACUCUUGCAUUUCUGAGUCUCCUCCGGAAAGAAGCCUCUGGGAUAGAAAUGCUAAAAGGCAGGGAGAUUUCAGGAGUCCAGAAGACCUGAAUGGGAAAACUUGUAAGAAAGAAGUAGACAGUCUGGAGCUUACAGUGCUCAAAGCAUAUCCAAGCUUUGAAUCCAUGCAUAAUGGUUAUGGCUCUGCUGAAUCAGGAAACAUUGCCAAAGAGUCUGAAGACAUAGUGCAAUCAUCAGCAGAAAGUGAUGGCAGUGCUAAUGCAAGUGUCUGCUUGGACAUGAAAGAACUUGCUGAGAAAAUGACUGGUAGCACUGAGUUGCUUAGUGUAAAUGUGACAAGCCAGGUGGCAGUGUGUACUGUGUCCACAUCAUUAUCUUGUGAUGGAUGCAAUAAAGAGAAGAGGGAUUUUCUUGUUGAAAGAAGUUCUUUAUUGUUGCCCGAAAGGACAGCAGCAGAAAUAGAGCUCGUAGAACCAUCAUCUGUACACAUCCAGUUCCCAUCAGCUGACCACAGAAACAUUUUUGAAACUGUUUUAAGCUAUCAUAACUUGGAGUCUGAAGGGGUUCCUGGUCUACCAGAAAAAGGAGAUUCUGACACACCAAUCAUAAAAGAUCAAAACAAUAUUGACAAUGCUAUGGUAAUGGUUCAAGCAGAUGACACUGCAACAACAGCUGACAAUGCUGAAGUUGUGGGCAAGGACAACAGCCUCAUUGCUGUCUCAGAGAGAAAAAUGGAUACAACAUGUGAAAGCGUUGCUUCUAAAGAUGUGGCACUGUCUCCAGUCCAAAUCAUAGGACAUGAAGUGGAUACCAUGACCACCAGUGUAGGCACUGCGGAUGUGGGACUGGAGACAGAGACUAUGGAAACCGUUGACCAUAGCAUUUUAGCCACAACAGACACACAGCAUCAGACAACCAUGACAGACAAUACUGGCUCCCUCAGCGUGUACACGUCAAUGACACCAUUUAAACUUCUUAGUAAACAAGGACAGAGAUUGACAUCAAAUGAUAUACGUAAGCAACAUCCACGAACCCUGGCUAAUCAGCUUGAGACACUUGCUGUGUGUAAUGCACGUCUUGAAAUGGAGCUGCAGCUGGCAGAACGUGAACGCACACGUCUAAGAGCAGCUGUAAAGGAAAUGAAGGCAGCACUUGCCUCCAGGGAGGAAGAAAAGAUGGAAGUUGAGGACAAGAAACUAAGCGAAUGGAAAGAGAAAGAGAACCAGCUGAUAGAAAAAAUCAAGGCCUUGGAGCAAGAAGUAGAAGCAAGACAAAAGUACACUGAAGAGAUAGAAGCUGAAGUACUCAUUUUGAGGCAAGCAGGGGCCAGCCUGGGACGUCUGCAUGAGGAAGAAGUUUCUGAGCUGCAGAACAAGUGUCAUUUGCUGGAAGAGCAGGCCUUGAAAGCUGCCACUCAGCAUGAAAAUGAGGUGUCGGAGUUGAAAGCAGCUAGUGAAGCAAGCAGCUAUGAGCGACAGUUUAGAUGUGCCAUGCACAUGGUAAGGGAACGAGAGGCUGAGAUGGAGGAAUUGAGGGGUCUGUUUGGGGACCUAGAGGAGGCUGUCAGUCGCCAGGAAAAAGUGACCAAAGCUUUUGAGGAAGUUUACAAGAAAGUAAAGCUGUUUGCCACGGAACAUAUUUAUCUCCGUACUCAGCUAGCUCAGCAGAGCAAGUGCAGAAAGCAGGAAGAAACAGCAGGACAAGAUGAGAAAGAGAGGAAGCAGUUGCUGAAGGAGACCCAUACUUUGAGACAACUGGUGGAACUCAACCAAGGCGAUAUGGCAGAGCUGGAAAAGCUGUACUCAGUGUCCUCAUCAGAUCUGCUCACUGCAACAAGCCAGCUGGGCAAGCUGAACUCCGAACUUCUAGGCACAAGGAAGGCACUGCAGGACUUAUUGCUGUCAAAGGAUGCCCUUGCUCAAGAAGCCAUAGUUCUUCAGGAUAAGCUGACUGCUGCUCAGCAUGACAACGCUGUUAUUACUGAAACACUUGCACGUACUCAGAUAGAACUUCACAAGAGGGCUCGAGCGUGUGAGGAGUUGAGAAACAUCAGCAGGAACCUAAAUGAAGAGUACGAGGACAAGUUGGAGAACAUGGUUCUUGGAAUCGAGAACCUUCAGCGUACACUUGACAACCGGGAAGUGGACAUUGACAAUCUUGAAAAGGAUCUGUAUGAGUGCCGUAACAUUAUUGUGGAACAGCGGUACAAGAUUGAUGCUCUAGAAAAAGAUCUCCUUGAUGCUCGUGGUCUUGCUGUUCUUGAAGAUAAAGACAACAUUGAAUUUCUCAAGGAAAGCAACCUAUAUCUGGAGGCAGAACGCUCUCUGUACGUGAGCAGUUUGAGGGAUCUUGAAGAAAAGUUAAGAGUGGCCUCUCUUGAGGCAAGAUGCCAGCAGCAGGUGGCAGCAGAUGCAGAGAAACUUGUAAUGCAACUUGAGCAUGAAAAAUUGGACUUGGUAUCCGAGGCGAAAUCUUUGCGACAGCAGCUGGGCAAAACAUCACAUGCUCUGGCGCUGGCAGAUGCAGAGCACAGCAAGAUGGAGAGCUAUACUAUAGCAGCAGCAAACGACCUUUUACAAAAAAUGCAAGCAAUGCUGAAUGAACUAAAGAAAAAGAUUGGUUUCCAGGAGAAACCAGGUACCAUGAGAGCAGCUAAGCAAGAUCUGGCACAUACCUCUUUGUCUAAUGCAUCCAAACCAAAGCAUUGUUAUAGCAGAUCUUUUGUGUCCACUAUUCUGGAUGCAAUCUUAGAACCUCAGCCUUGUGGUGGUAGUGAAACUGAUGGUGAAGAAGGAAGGUUAGCAGUACAGGAGAGAAAAGAACACUGCAGACAUGCAAGUGACAGGACUGCUAACAAUAGUGAUAUGGCAGCUGUCAUGAAUGCCUCAGGCGAUGCCUCAAGCACCGGUGCUGGGGCCUUUUCCAGUUUAGAGGCUGUUAGUCCAGGCAACACGGAGGAAGAAGAGGAUGAAGAAGAAAUGGUUGACACCCAGCAUCAGAACCCAGUUUUUCAGAGUCUUGGACUGACAGCAUCAGAUCUUGCAUUUGUGGGUAUAAACACUGUCAGCAAAGCUUCAAAAACCAAAGAACAUGAGGGCAGCAAAAACGUGUCUUCAAGACCUGACGAGAACAGAGCUCACACCACUGCUACCAACCGUGUUCCAUUCCAGCCAAGUGCUUUUACACCCGUCCAUUUAUCAUCAUCAUCUGUCAAUGGCUCGUUGAUCAUUCCACCCUCUUCUGCUCCCUUAUCAAGCGCAUUUGCCAGAAUUCGACCUAUUCCCAGAGCUAGCAGCCGUACAUCAGCCAGCAGGAGGUCUCUCCAGGAAAACAACAGAAACAUGGCAGACAAGAAACAGAGUGGCAUUGUUGCCUGCAUUGGUACGAUGGAGGAAGUUUUCACAGAAAUUAUUCGUCUUGGCAGCAUCCUGGAGCGAGCUUCACAGCUUUCCUUGCGAGAUCUUAAAAAUGAAAAUGACAUGCUGCGAGAGAGAACAGACAUUCUGGAGAAGGGAAUGAACUUGAGCCAUCGUCAGUUAAAAACCAGUCACCAAGAGACAGCUGCUAUGGAAACCACAAUUCAGCAAAUGAAGGACAGGAUGCAGCAGAUGACUGAACACAUCAUGUCUCUAACAGAUAAAAAGUUUGAAGUUAAGCGCCUGACAGAGGAGGUCAGGCAUUUGCAGAAGCGGGUCGACAGUGAAAGGCAAGAAAAAGAGGUGAUUGCUAGAGAAUUAGAGAGUCUUCUCAAACAUGUUGAGACCUCCAGUGGUACGGUUGAUGAAGGUUUUGUGCAGGCAAAGUGGAUGAGGGACAUUGUUGCUUUAAGGAAAAAGAAUCAACAUCUCCUUGCUCAGCUUGGUGAGCAGCAAGACCACUAUGAAGAGAUGGGCAGCAAAGCAGCACGUCGGAUGCAAAUACUGGAGGAUAACUGGCGGAAGGCAGAGGAUGAAGUUUACAGAUUUGAUGAGUUGGUGGAAAGCAUUCGACAGAGUAUCCAAGCUGCUGUUGAGAAGGGCUGUUCAUACCCAGAACUAGUCUGUAUUCUUCAACUCAUAGAGGGAGAAAACAAAGAGUCUGUCCUCUAAACACAGUUCAGAUUUUUUUUUUGGGGGGUGGGGGGGGCAGCACAACUGCCAACCUGGAGAGAACGCAUGGGCAUGUCUAAGUAUUUCAAGUUUCACAUUUAAAGGUAGAAGACUGUCCAUUUGAAGGCUUCUUUUAAAUCAGUCCUUUAGAAAUAAGAUGCUGAAAUUUUAAACAAAUCCUGAACAGAAGAGGUACACAGUUGAUAAAAUUAAUUCCUUGUGAACUUCACUGCAUUUUUAGAGAGAGAAAAAAAGUUCACUUAAAUGAUGCAUGUAUAACUACAGGAUAUAACAUAAGCUAUGCUGAUCUGAAUCCUUACCCAAGCUAAGUAAAAUGGCUGUCAAGAUCUAGUAUAGGUGCAAUUUAAAAAAAAAAUUAAAUUCUUGGUUUUAAUUGCAAUGAUUUUCCUGCUCACUGUGAUUAGGAAUUACAGAGAAAAUAUAAGAAACAAUGUCAUUUAAUAAACAAAACACAUUAAAAAUGGAACAGUGUCUUACCUAAAAAUGCAGCAUGUUCAUGAAAGUUUUUUUUUGUGUGUUAACCUUUUUUUUUAAAUUGAACAGUUCCCAUUUUUUAACCUAUGGAACCAUUGUUAUGAAGCAUCUCUUACAAAAGAGAUUAUUUUGUGUAAUUGUUUUGUAACAUAAAUAUUACAGUUAAAGAAGGGGCCUUCUUAAUUGAUCAUGUCAGAUGUUUUUUAACAGUAUUUUAUGAGCACCAUGCAAAAGUUUGCCAGAACUUAAAAUUCUUCACUCAUAAUGACCUGGUUGGGCUGCUAGUCUAUACAGAUUUGUCAGGCAGAGAGAUCUCUCAUCCCUCGCCCAGCAUUAAAACAUCAUUUCUUCAGAAUUGUUUAUAAUUGGGACAAGCUUCUUAAACCAUUUGUGUUCAGUGAGCUGUAAUUCACCUGUUUUGAAAAUGGGUUCCAAAUACGACUUUUCAUGCUUUUCUCCCAGUGUUCGGUAUAUUUAUUUACCAGUUUACAUUUUAAAUAAAGUUUGCUCUGUACUUUUUGUGACCUGUGAAGUCAGAUAUUUUAUUACUGCAUGUGACUGCAUCACCAUUACCGUGUGUACCUCAAGAAUUUAGUCUUCUGUGUGCAGUGCUAUGGUGUAUGCUUUUCAAAACUUUGUUUUGCAAGAUCCACUUUCACACUAUGGCCUGGGAAACCAAUCCUAUAGGGUUUUUUAAACCUUCAAUAAGGUCAUAAAGGACUAUAUUUACAGUAUGACUUACUAAUUUGUGUGACAUACAAUUGUACUUAUGAUACCUGCCAGAUGUGUGUGUACGCAAUGGUAUGUUUCUCAGCCAGGUGGGAGUGUAUUCCACAUAGGGAUACGUAAUAAAACCUCUGCUGCCAAACCCCUUAACAAACAUUUCAGGGACAACAAGUUACUGCGCUCUAGAUGAAAGAUUCCAUGAUGGGCAAUAAGCAGCAAAACCAAAUAUCAGAAUUCCAGGAUGACCCAGAUCAGAUAUUGCAUGCAUAGUUUGAUAAGUAACCAAUUGCAUGAGUAAAUGGGAGGGCAAAGAAUCAGCCAUAUUUCUUUCUAUGGGACUGGGCUGCAUUUUUCUUCACCUUUUUCCAAAGGAAAAGUUUCACAAAAUAUUUUCCCAACAAUUUACUGUUUCCCCUGUACACAAAAAGUAAAGGACUGGAGUUUGAAGACUGAAAGGUAUUGUGCAUGCAUCCCAUCUCGCUCAUGCAACAUCUUUCCAAGCACACACAAAAAAAGUCUUAAAAAUACUUAGGUAUCAGUGUGUUUUGGGAUUCAGAAACUUGCAGUGCAUUUUUUUUAAUUCUGUGAAAGAGCAUCCAAUGUAAAAGUAUGAGGUAACAAUACAUAAAAAAAUCACUCUUACAACUUUGUUUAGCAUAGACCCACACCAGUUGGGCUUCACUUGAUCUUGGAUGCUGUGCCUAGCGGUGUAGAAGUACAAGUUCACUGGCUUGCCGAGAGAAGCAGUACUGCUGUGAAUAUACACUGCAGAAGCAAGUCCACCCGCAACAACAACAAA